CGGCUCCGGUUGCCACAGUAACAGCGUCAUUGAAACAGACGGAUCUCGAUUCCCGGGAGCUGCGAGAAGCCGGCGUGAGGGCUGAGUGACCACCCGGUGUGACCCGCACACCCGACUGACACCCGUGUACUGUACAGAAGUGUCUACAAUUUCCAUGCUUACACUACAAGGUACAACCGACAGAUACCAGUUCUGAGCACAGAGUAUUAUGCAGUCCAAAGUAAUGCGUUCUGGGAGCUUUGCUGAUCUGCGGCCCAUCACGCGGGGAAUCACCUUUGCGGGUCGGCCUCUUUCCUCCUCGCACAGAACCGUCUCUCGGAGCAGUAAUUCUUCUUCUGUGAGGUCUUCUCUAUUGUCUUCAAUUAUCUCUGUCCCGGAUCCCAAUCUCUCCAUUCAAGAUAUUGAGAAAAUAUUAUACCAAAGAGUAGACGAGAUUGAAGAAGAUUUAAAAAAUGCAUUUUUUACUCUGGAUGUUGAUCACACGUUCACUGUCACCAAAGGCCAAUUUUACAGAGUUCUGAAAAACUUCGUCAUAACCCUAACACAGCGGCAGUUUGAUGAACUGUUAUCAAAGAUCCCGGUCCUGUGUAAUGGCGCAAUUCCAUAUCUUGAUUUCUUGGCCAAGUUCCACCAAGCUGACACAAAUGUUUCCCAGGGGAAAAGGAGGUGGAGUUGUAGUCAAGCAAAUCAAGUAAUGACCCUGAAUGAGCUGGAGUCCCGGCUGAAGGACAUGAUAUCAAAGAAUCUGAAAAACUUUGUCAGGUCCUGUCGACUCUUUGAUUACAAUCAAAAUGGGCAAAUUCAGAAGCACGAGCUCCGACGCAUCCUGGAAAACUGCUGCUUCAAGAUGAAGAAUGUUGAGUAUGAGAAGCUCUGGAACCGCUACUGCGUAGGCAGAAAACACACCCUGGAUUACAAGGAGCUGCUGAGGAGCCUCGGGGCCUCUAUGGGGCAACAGAGCAAGCCAGCGCAGGAGAACGUGGCACAAGCAUUAAAUUGGGAAGCGGUAAAAUUGGAGCAGGAGAAGCAAAAAGGGUGGAGACUGCCUUCUUCCCAAGAUGGCUUCAGCGCAGAGGACUAUACCCUGGAGGAGCUGGAGGUGUUAUUUAGGGAGAAGAUCUCCUCCGCGUACCCCGAUCUUGUGAAAGCCUUCACAUCGUAUGACCCAGAUCGCACAGGAUGCGUUCCUCUGGAUGCCUUAAAGUCGGUCAUUAAUAACUUUGUUUUCCUGCUUCCAGACCGAACAUUUCACGAGUUAAUGAGCAGGAUCAAAUUCAAAACCACAGACACAGUUUCCUGGGAGCAAUUUCUAAAGAAAUUCCAAGGCUCCGGUUACAUUGAAAAUGGACAAACACUGCCAAUUCGGCCAAGUCACAGGACCAAUCCGGUGAAAGACAGACAUGUCCAUUAUUCCAACGAUCACAUCCUUCAGAAACUCCACCAGCACUUCCAGGAGUCCUACCCCUCCCUAAAACAGGCCUUCCUCAUACUUGAUGAGGGACGCAACGGCAGAGUUAGCAGGAAGGAGCUGCGCCGUAUCGUCGACUGCAUGAUGUUCCGAAUCACCGACGAGCAAUUCAAGGAGCUGAUGAUCAUCCUUGACCCAGAACACACGGGAUUUAUCAGUUAUCACCAGUUCUUAGACCUGUUUGAAGACAAGGAGUCUGUGACAGGCCACAAAUGGUUAAAUAAUCCCAGACAUCCAGCAAAGGAAACUCCGAUUGUGCUGCCUUUGGAUACGGUAGAAGCCAUUCUGUGUGACAAGAUCAGCAGCCACUGGAAGGACUUCUCCAAAGCCGUCCAGUCACAGGACACUAAGGGAUCUGGGAUCAUCAACAAGGACCAGUUUAAAAGAAUUCUCCAGUCAUAUUGCUCAUCCAUGUUGGACGACCACUAUAGCAUGAUUUGUGAUCGCUAUGGCUGUGGCUCUUCUGACUGCAUCGCGUACGUGGAUUUCCUGCGCAAUUUGGGAGUGUCUGUCUGUCACGCCGAUGACUUAAAUGGUGUAAGCACAGUCAUUCUGGACAGAAACCAGUUCCAAGAGGAAUUAAGACAGACUGAUCAUUCUGACAGAAUGAGAGAGAUUGAACAUCAAGCCAGUCACUUUAUCAGGAACAUUGCUGUUGAUGAGGUGAUGGACAAGCUGAAGGACUGCAUAACGAAGCACAGUUUUACGCUAAAGGAAAGUUUUCUUGCCUGCAAUAGACAGCCAAAUGGAAAAGUCUCAAAAAAAGACUUCAGAAAGGUUCUGCGGGAUCACCAGCUGUAUUUGGAUGACGAUCAGUUUCACGACUUAACCCAAAAAUUGGGAUUCACAAAGGAAGGGCUCAGUUAUCUGGACUUUGUGUCAUUAUUUGAAGUCCCAUCAGGAGAUGGUCCCGUGGAUAAGUUACAUAAUAGCCCCAACCACCGAGUGAAUAACACCAAGUCUCAUUACAUGACCGCAGAGGAGUGUCUCAUGCAGUUUCCCGAUAAGCUAAAAGAAGGAUACGGGGAUACGUACACCGCCUUUUAUAAAAUAGACAGCAACCGCGACGGCAUUGUCACCAUGCAUGAUUUCCGCCACCUCUUGGACAGCUUCAUGUUCUUCAUCACCCAGAAGGAGUACGAACGGUUGCUGAGUCUCCUGGGACUGGACCUAAUGUCCACCCUAAAUUACAUAGACUUCCUCAGCCUAGUACAAAGGCAGGAAAAAGCCGACUGCCCUCCCUGGCUCAACUCGUCUUACAGGCCAAAACAAAGCCAGGACACUGCGGAUCUAGCCUGCGAGCAGGCUCAUUACUACCUCGUUACCAAGGCACAAGGCAGAUGGCACGACCUAGCGAAGACAUUCUGUGAAAUCGACCGUGACGGAAAUGGCAUUAUACAGAAGAAAGAUCUGAGGAACGUUUUAUAUCGAUUCUCGCUUCCUAUAACAUCACAUGAAUUUGAGAAACUCUGGCUCAGGUACGAUCCGGACGGAAAGGGUCAUCUCACCCAUCAGGAAUUCCUCCAGAAACUAGGAGUGAACUUUGCAUCUGGAGAUAGUGGUCCAAGCAAACGUAUCAUAGAAGACAACUGCCAGACCCUAGAGAAACACUACAACACCCAGCAGAAACUUCACCAGGAGUUGCAGGCGUUCCACGUGCACCAAACCCAAGCUCUGGAUAUUAAAGAUAUCGAACAGCAAAUAAAGGAUAAAUUCAGAGAGUAUUACCCGGACUUUGCUGCCGCUUUCGCUAAAAUAGAUAAAAACAAGGACGGAUUCAUAACCGUACAGGACUUUCGGGAGAUGCUGGAACACCUGCACUUUUAUCUGGAUGAUGAUCAGUUCCUCAACCUCUUAUACAGGCUGAGGCUACGGGUUCAUGACAACAAACUUUCUUAUUUUGACUUCUUGAAAAUAAUUGACGAUGGGAGGGCUUCCAAGUACGGGCGACGGCGAGAGCAGAUUGUGCCAGCAGAGAACUUCCAACCUCUCAGCUCACAGAAGCUGCUUGUGAAACUGAAAGAGGCGGUACUAACGUCGCAGGAAGAGCUCUACAAGGUCUUUUCUUCCUUUGCUCAGGACGACGCUGGCACAAUACAGCCUUAUGAAUUACACCGGAUUCUUGACAGCUUCUGUUUUAAGCUAACGGACAAGCAGUUCAACUACGUGCUGAGCAAGCUUUCCCUGAACACGCAGCACACAAUAGCCUGGGAGGGCUUCCUGCGCAGUGUCUCCACGCUUGGCUCUGAGACUGACUCCACCUGGGCAGAGAGAGUGGAGAGAGCCACCAGGAAAAGAUCUGGCCAAGAGAUGACCAUGACAGACAUCUUGCCAAACAUCCAAGAAAUAGUCACCACGCGGUUUUACUCCAUCGCUCAGGAUCUCCUAAACACAGAUUAUGCCGGCAUAAACGUCGUUUCAAAGGAGGAUUUCCGAGAGAUUUUCAACAGACAUUUCAUGUUACUGACAGAUGACCAGUUCGAAAACCUUUGGAACACAUUGCCUCUGAAUUCCUACGGUAAUCUCUUAUACCACGAGUUCUUGAAGAAGUUCAGCUGUGAAAUGCCAGCAACUCCGUUACGAGACCUUUUAUCUCGCAAUAGUGAAGCAAGCUACAAGUCGGAGUCGCCGGUCACGCAAGUCCGAGUGCCACCAGGAGCCAGGCGGCCCAAAACGGCACCAUCUAUUUUUCAUAAGCCAACUACUCCUGUCCAAAGGCCACGCACAGCCGCGCCACGCUCGGUGCCACUCGUUAACUGCGAGCAAGUAGAAAAUAGGUUUCAAAGUAAUCUGGGAAAAUGCUGGCAGGAGGUAUAUAAAGCGUUAAAGGAAAAAGAUCCUGAUAAGCAGGGAGCGAUUACUCCAUCUGACUUCUCAGCUGUAAUGAGAAGAUUUAACAUGGACCUUUCUGAGGAGGAACUGGAGCAGCUAACACUGAAAUAUGACUUACGAAACAACGGCAAGCUCUCCUACUCAGACCUCCUGCGUAACGUCACGCUCGGGCCGAAGCCACAAGGAAACGCCCUCUUGCAGAGGAUGAAGCUGCAGAAGCCACGACUACCGAUGAGCACAGAACUGCACAAACCCUGGUUCAUGGACAUAAUGCUCAGAAUCCAGCCUAAGAUAGCGAAUGGCUGGAGACCAAUGAGAAGAAUGUUCCAGUCGUAUGAUGACGCACGGACGGGGUAUAUCAGCAUUCAGGAUUUUAAACAGGUGCUGCGGAAAUUCGGCAUUAACCUUUCAGAGGAUGAAUUCUUCCACAUUCUGAAUCACUUUGACGAAAACGUUAAAUCUAAGAUACCUUACAAUGACUUCCUUCGCCAGUUCCUGCGAUAAGAACACUCAGUGUUCGCUUGUAACGUAUCAGCUGAUAUUUAUAUUUGAUUGAAACAGGAUGAGCACAUUUACAAGGCAGCAGAGCCGCAUUAACGUUUUCCACAGCUCAUAGAGCACAGACUGAUAAAUAACUUUCUAAUAGAAAACAAGCGCGGCCGCUGUACUAAACUCCACUGAACAGUGUCUACUUUUAUCACCUAAUUACUUUAAUAAGACUAUAAUAACUUCACAUCUUUAAAGUUUAUAAAUCCAAAAUGCGUGCGUACAAAGAAACUGGAUUGAUCUCCAGAACCCUUUCACCCUAAUUCAUUGCUAAAAAUAAAAUACGCCUCUAGUACUUUACAGGAUGUGUUAUUUGUAAUCACAUGCCGCACAUUCAUUCUAAAUAUCAGGCAGAGAUCAUUUUAAUUAAAACUCACGUUUUCAUGAAACCUAUAGAUUAAUUGAUGUUUUUGUAUUGUUUGGCUUUUUUAAAUAAAUUCCAAUGAUGAAAAA